GAUAGGCGGAGCUCGAGUCAAAGCAGUACACGGUUGUGGUAGAGAGGGAACAGGCGUUGUUGAAAGGGAGAGGAAGCUGAAACGGCAGUUGGUACGCAAGCUAUUGCAUUUUAACGUUGCUUGCAUCCAUUGCUAUUUCCUAAUGGCAACGGAGGAUAAAAAGAAAUCUGUGCCGCAGGCUGAAUCAGAAGUCGGUUCGUUACCGACACCUCAUGGCUACAAUAACAAUAAUAACAACAACAACAAUAAUAACAAAGAUAGCGAGGGAAGCGAGAAUACGACCACGGCCACUUCGAGCGCUACCGCAUCGAGCGGGACAGGAAAUCACAGCAUCGGGAACGGCUCUGGAGUCAACCCUACAGUGGGAAAUAACGGGAAAUGGGUCCGGUUGAACGUCGGCGGCACAGUAUUCCUCACAACGCGGCAUACCCUACUCAAAGAACAAACGUCCUUUCUCUAUCGGCUCUGUCAACAACAGGACUUACAUUCGGACACGGACGAGACAGGGGCCUAUGUGAUAGACAGAGACCCCACCUACUUCGGCCCCAUCCUUAACUACCUGCGACACGGCAAACUGGUCUACAACAAGGAGCUGGCUGAAGAAGGUGUGUUAGAGGAGGCUGAGUUCUACAACAUCACUCCUCUGAUAAAACUGAUCAAGGAGAGGAUCCUGGAGCGGGACUGUAAAGUCACACAGCAGGUGCCUCCUAAACAUGUGUACCGGGUGCUGCAGUGCCAGGAGGAGGAGCUGACCCAGAUGGUUUCCACCAUGUCAGACGGCUGGAAGUUUGAGCAGGUCAGCGUGCGCACCUGCAGAAAGCCCCGCACCGGACUGCUCUGGACUAUGGUAAACAUUGGUUCGUCAUAUAGCUAUGGGACAGAGGACCAGGCAGAGUUUCUGUGUGUGGUGUCCAAGGAGCUACACACACCUGGCUCAGGCCUGGGCACCGAACAGAGCCACAAGACCAAGGCUUCAGAGGUGCAGCAGGAGAAAGGAGCGCAGGAUGAGGUGGAGGGAGGAGAGAGAAAUACCACCCCGAAUGAGUGGAUAAGGGAAUGACAGUCUUGUGUCAGUGUUCCAAAGACGUGAAUGGCUUUUUCAGAUCCAUGGAUCACGGAUGUACUAGAGAGAAUUGUACUUUUGUAGCUUGACAUUUAAUUUUGUGUUUGUUGACAUAUGUUUUAUCGUUGUUGUUGCUUUUAGAAGAAAAAUAACAGAAGUGCUCAAACAUUAUUUUGAAAGAUUAUCGAAGUGUCCCUCUCACCAGCAGCGAAACGCCAAUAUUUCAAAGUGUGUAGAGACGGAUAUAUGUUUAAUGUUUUUAAUUUAUUAUCAUUAUCAUUUUUUUAUGUAUUUUAGUUCCAAUCACCACUUAAGCCAUGGAAGUUAGUGAAUCUUAGUAAAAUAGAUUUGACCAAAGACAAUGAUUAAAAGCACUGCAAAUCAAUGUGCUCAUCCAAAUGUGAAAAAUGGUUUGAAAUUUACAUGAAAUAUGUGGAAUCUGUAAGUAAAUAAGUAAAUUAGUAAAUAAGUAAAUUGUUGUUGUUUGCACUAGUUCUGACUUGUCUGAUGCUUGAUACAGUAGUGAGACCUGGGCCUGAGCCAGUGAUGUGGCAAUGUCCUGUCUCUGAUACUGCUCUGCUGCAGUAGAGAUUGACAGUGAGACUCACACAGAAAGACAGACAUAUGUCAACUAACUGGCCACAGUCAGCACCACAAAAAACUCUUCCUCCUUACACACACUCCCUUACGCUCUCUCACAGACACGCACACACACAGUCUUGUAUAAUUAACUUUGUUCGGGCACACAAUUCAGUCCCAUUCAAAAUCCUAUUUUUCCUAAACUUAAGUAUAGUUAAACACGGGUACACACACUCACUCACUCACUCACUGACUCACUCACUCACUCACUCACUCACUCACUCACUCACUCACUCACUCACUCACGCACUCACUCACUCACUCCUUCACUCACACACACAUACCCAUAGCAGUGCUUCCUGUCGGGACAUGUGUGUUCCCUGAGGCAUGUGCAUGCUCAGCAGAGCAGAGCUCUCAGCCUGUCGCCCUUGCCUGGCUCCAGUGUGACUCUAGGCCCUGGCAGGAUAAAGAAGAGAAAGGUGCUGAAAGAGGUCUGUGUCUGAAGUGGCACCUUAUUCCCUACAUAAUGCACUACUCUGGUCAAAGGUACUGCACUAUAUAUGGAAUAGGGUGCCAUUUUGGAUGCAACCCUGUUCUCUGCUCAUGUUGUAAUGACAGGCCCUUGCACCCUUAGGCCAGGAUGUUGUCAUUAAUACUUUUAGCUAGGACUAUGGCACAAAUAUUGUUAAAGAAUUUCAUGUUUUUGUAUGUAUUUCACUGUAAAUGAGUAGAAAGGAGGUAAGAUAAGACCUUGUCAAAGGCAUCAGCACUUAGAACAGAAAAUUGUUGCAACUGAAUUAGAAGGUUUUGGCACUGGCCAUUAUCACCUCCGAGCCCCUGCAGCCCAAUACUGUCACAGUCCGUAGAGACAGCCUGUCUCUGCAACCUUCAAAUACUGCAAAUAUACUCAUUCUAGUCUCUGCAUGUCAACAUACCCACAGAUCACCAUUUGAGUUGAUUUCAUUUAAAAGCUUUCAUGGGGGCAAUAUUGUGUUUUUGUGCAUGUGCGUUGUGAAUAUAAUGUUUGGCUUUGGUCAUCAAAAAAGCAUAGCAUAUGGAUUAAGAUCACUUAAUUGGUCAAUUGCACACAAGGUCCAACCAACAUUUGACAUCUGCUUUUAACCCAACUCAUCCAAAGCAUACAUAUACAGUUUUUUUUAGAGCAGUGUGUGGGCGCUGCCAAACUGCGCUGUUGUUUUGGGGGGUUAAGUGCCUUGCUCAAAGUCAGGCAGUGGCAUCUAGGAAUUGAUACCAGCAACCCUCAUGUUGCCAGCUCACUUCGCACAAGACUUUUGCCGUCGGACACACUUCAAGUUGCUGGCUCGCCUCCCUAACUGUUAGGCUACCUCUCUAACCGCGAGGCUUGGGUGCCUUGGUUUCAAGCGAACACAAUAUAGGCAUGUACAAAGUCUCUGGGAAAAUUUGUUUGAGUCGGUCAAUGGCUGCAAAAUUACUAUAAUACAUUUCUUUUGUACAUGUGUUUUGGUUAUUUAUUUUCAUGACAUUUUAAUUGCAUGUUUUUUUCAGUAUCAUGAUUAUUGCUGUAAAAUAUUUUUUACAACCAAGCUUAUCUUGUUUUUCUCCUGUUUUUAAGUAUCAUUGUUUAUGUAUUCCAUGUCUAGCCAUGUGCCUGGCAUUGACCUCAUGUUUUGGUGGUUUUGCAUCAGAAGAUGUCCCCCUUAAUGAGACUACUCUAGUUUGUAGCCUUAGCUCAAACUGUUUGUGCUUUUCCAAGACAUCAGAACUUGAGCUGAAAACCUGGUAUUCCUCAGCAUGUUAAAAAAAAAAAAAAAAAAUGUUCUACUCAUCCAUGAGCAUGACAGAUUUUAUCUAUUUAUAUAUAUAUAUAUACGUGUAUGUAUACAGUACCAGUCAAAAGUUUGGACACCUACUCAUUCAAGGGUUUUUCUUUAUUUUUACUAUUUUCAACAUUGUUGAAUAAUAGUGAAGACAUCGAAACUAUGAAAUAACAUAUAUAUGGAAUCAUGUAGUAACCAAAAAAAUGUUAAACAAAUCAAAAUAUAUAUUUCAGAUUUUAUAUUUCAGAUUCUUCAAAGUAGCCUUGAUGACAGCUUUGCACACUCUUGGCAUUCUCUCAAUCAGCUUCACCUGGAAUGCUUUUCCAACAGUCUUGAAGGAGUUCCCACAUAUGCUGAGCACUUGUUGGCUGCUUUUCCUUCACUUUGCGGUCCAAAUCAUCCCAAACCAUCUCAAUUUGGUUGAGGUUUGGGUGAUUGUGGAGGCCAGGUCAUCUGAUGCAGCACUCAUCCCUCUCCUUCUUCGUCAAAUAGUCCUUACACAGCCUGGAGGUGUGUUGGGUCAUUGUCCUGUUGAAAAACAAAUGAUAGUCCCAUUAAGCUCAAACCAGAUGGGAUGGUGUAUCUUCUGCAGAAUGCUGUGGUAGCCAUGCUGGUUAAGUGUGCCUUGAAUUUUAAAUAAAUCACUGACUGUGUCACCAGCAAAGCACCCCCGCACCAUCACACCUCGGCCUCCAUGCUUCACAGUGGGAACCACACGUGCAGAGAUCAUCCGUUCACCGACUCUGCGUCUCACAAAGACACGGCAAUUGGAACCAAAGAUCUCAAAUUUGGACUCAUCAGACCAAAAGACAGAUUUCCACCGAUCUAAUGUCCAUUGUUCAUGUUUCUUGGCCCAAGCAACUCUCUUCUUGUUAUUGGUGUCCUUUAGUAGUGGUUUCCAGCAAUUCCACCAUAAAGGCCUGAUUCACACAGUCUCCUCUGAACAGUUGAUGUUGAGAUGUGUCUGUUACUUGAAUUCUGUGAAGCAUUUAUUUGGGCUGCAAUUUCAGAUGCUGGUAACUCUAAUGAACUUAUUGUCUGCAGCAGAGGUAACUCUGGGUCUUCCUUUCCUAUGGCGGUCCUCAUGAGAGCCAGUUUCAUCAUAACGCUUGAAGGUUUUUGGGAAGUGUUCUGCAUUGACUGACCUUCAUGUCUUAAAGUAAUGAUGGACUGUCGUUUCUCUUUGCUAAUUUGAGUUGUUCUUGCCAUAAUAUGGACUUGGUCUUUUACCAAAUAGGUCUAUCUUCUGUAUACCACCCCUACCUUGUCACAACACAACUGAUUGGCUCAAAUGCAUUAAGAAGGAUAGUUUUAACAAGGUAAACCUGUCAAUUGAAAUGCAUUCCAGGUGACUAAUUAAUGAAGUUGGUUGAGAGAAUGCCAAGAGUGUGCAAAGCUGUCAUCAAGGCAAAGGGUGGCUACUUUGAAGAAUCUCAAAUAUAAAAUAUAUUUUGAUUUGUUUAACACGUUUUUGGUUACUAUAUGAUUCCAUAUGUGUUAUUUCAUAGUUUUAAUGUCUUCACUAUUAUUCUACAAUGUAGACCAUAGUACAAAUAAAGAAAAACCCUUGAACGAGUAAGUUAGGUUUGUACCAACUUUUGUCUGGUACUAUAUAUGGGUUUCACUGUAGUUAAUCUCAUUAACUUGUUCCCGGACAAUAGAUCAGAACUGAUUUUUUUUUUAUUGGGCAUCUAAUGCUGUUACAAUAGCCAGGGUUGAUUUGCUUUACAAUACAUUAUCUUUAUACAUAUGUUUUUUAUGGGUAUAACAGUAAUAGCAGUCAUGCUAUAUUCUUGUUAAAAAAAAUAAUCUAAACAAUGUAAAUAUGUGUUAGACAAUUGUGCAUAAUCAUUUAUAAUUCACUGUAGAAAAUCAGUGAGAACUUCCUUCCUACCCCCUUUAACGAAAACUUCAAUGUGCUCAGAUACACCCCCAUAAGUUCUCAGACAUCAGUGACAUGGGAAUUGUAAUGCCUCAAUAUACUGUAACAGGCUCAAUGAAACAUGGGUCAAUGUUUUCAGUCCCGUCAAGUAGUAUUAUUAUUUGUAACAUGCUGUACAGGAAUGAUUCCAACAACUGUAAAAUAUAAUCACAUAAAUAAAUACAGUUUCAAUGUCA